GGUCACCAUCUUCAGGCUCGGCUUUGAAGAAAAGCUGGCGUCAUUGGUUUUGUAUGCUGUUCUGUGAGUGCUGCUGCAGGAAGCUGAGCAGAGAGCUUGGGCAAGUUGAAAACCCACAACAUGAAUACAGUGACCUAUGAUGAUGUGCAUAUUGACUUCACUUGGGAAGAGUGGACUUUGCUGGAUCCUUCCCAGAAGAAUCUCUACAAAGAUGUCAUGCUGGAGACCUACAGAAACCUCACUAUUAUAGGAUACAGUUGGGAAGACCAUAAUAUUGAAGAACAUUGUCAAAAUUCUAGAAGACAUGAAAGGCAUGAAAGAAGCCAAACUGGAAUGAAAACUUCUGUAUAUACUCAAUGUGGUAAAGCCUUUGCAUAUGAUAGUCAGCUUCAAAAGCAUGAAAGAAGACAUACUGGAGAGAAACCUCCUGAACGUAAUCAGUGUAAUAAAUCCUCUGCAUGUCACAUUAAUCUUCAAAGGCAUCAAAGAACACAUACUGGAGAGAAAUGUUGUGAAGGUAAUCAGUGUGUUAAAGCCUUGGCACAACACAGCCAUCUUCAGAUUCAUAAAAGAACACAUACUGGAAAGAAACCAAAUGAAUUUAAUCAAUGUGGUAAAGCCCUUGAACAUCAUGGUACUGUUCAACUGCAGAAAAGAACACAUACUAGAGAGAAAAGCUAUGAAUGCAAUCAAUGUGGUAAAGCCUUUGCUCAUCCCAUUACUCUUCAAAGGCAUAAAAGAACACAUACUGGAGAGAAACUCUAUGAAUGUAAUCAGUGUGGUAAAACUUUUGCACUUCAUAGUAAUCUUCAAAUGCAUAAAAGAACACAUACUGGAGAGAAACCCUUUGAAUGUAAUCAAUGUGGUAAGACAUUUACACAACAUGGUCAUCUACAAGUACAUAAAAGAACACAUACAGGAGAGAAACCCUAUGAAUGUAAUCAUUGUGGUAAAGCCUUUGGUCAUAACAGUACUCUUCAAAGGCAUGAAAGAACACAUACUGGAGAGAAACCCUAUGAAUGUAAUCAAUGUGGUAAAGCUUUUGCACGUCAGAGUCAUCUUCAAAUUCAUAAAAGUACACAUACUGGAGAGAAACCCUUUGAAUGUAAUCAGUGUGGUAAAGCCUUUGCACAACACAGUCGUCUUCAAGAACAUAAAAGAACACAUACUGGGGAGAAACUCUAUGAAUGUAAUCAAUGUGGUAAAGCCUUUGUACAACACAGUCAUCUUCAAGGACAUAAAAGAACACAUACUGGUGAGAAACCGUAUAAAUGUAAUGAAUGUGAUAAAGCUUUUGCAUGUCAGAGUAGCCUGCAAAGCCAUAAAAGUACACAUACUGGAGAGAAACCCUAUGAAUGUAAGCAAUGUGGUAAAGCCUUUGGACGUUAUAGUGAUCUUCACAGGCAUAAAAGAACACAUACUGGAGAGAAACCUUAUGAAUGUAAUCAGUGUGGUAAAGCCUUUACACGCCCCAGUACUCUUCAAAUGCAUAAAAGAACACAUACUGGAGAGAAACCCUAUGAAUGUAUUCAGUGUGGUAAAGCUUUUGCACUUCACAGUAAUCUUCAAAUUCAUAAAAGAACACAUACUGGAGAGAAACCCUAUGAAUGUAGUCAAUGUGGUAAAGCCUUUGCACAACAUAGUGAUCUACAAGAACAUAAAAGAACACAUACUGGAGAGAAACCCUAUGAAUGUAUUCAAUGUGGUAAAGCCUUUGGUCAUCGUAGUACUCUUCAAAAGCAUAAAAGAACACAUACUGGAGAGAAACCCUAUGAGUGUGAUCAAUGUGGUAAAGGCUUUGCACGUCAGAGUCAUCUUCAAGUUCAUAGAAGAACACAUUACUCAAGAGAAAACCUUUGAAUGUAAUCAACAUAAAGCCUUUGCACAACAGUCACCUUCAAGAACAUAAAAGAACACAUACUGGGGAGAAAGUAUGAAUGUAAUCAAUAUGGUAAAGGCUUUGCACAACACAGUCAUCUACAAGGACAUGAAAUAACAUAUUCUGGAGAGAAACCAUAUAAAUGUAAUCAAUAUGAUAAAGUCUUUGCAUGUCAAAGUAGCCUGCAAAAGCAUAAAAGUACACACACUGGAGAGAAACCCUAUGAAUAUAAUCAGUGUGGUAAA